ACAUUACGUUCCCCAAAACAUGCUAAGACAGCGCGUUAGCAUUUCAGGAAUUGUGCUAUAACAAAGACGUGACUUACAACCACCAGACGGUUAUCUUUGGAAAGAUAAACCAUCUUGUGAAUGGCAAGGUAGUAAAUACUCCCAAUUUGUCUCCACGAAGCUGGGUGUAAAGGGGGUAGGCAGGGCCGAAGAAAGCCAGGUUCAGUUGAGAACCCGACAAUUCGAUCCCAUUGAUGUUUUUCAAGAAGCAGCGGUACUGUAACUCAAGACAAAUACCAUGUCAGACUUUGUGAACUAUUCUAAGCAUCAGUUGCUGACACCAAGGCUGGGGGGCUGGGAGGUGGCACACCAAGCGGCUUAACAAGGCCCACCCACAGGAACUGCCACUCUCUAUGAGGAGCAUUUGACUCGCUCUGCUUCACCGUUGUGAAAUAUCUGGCUGUUUUUAGACUUGUUCACAUGAUGUCCAAACCUCUGCCGUGAAUGUUUCCGUAAGUUGUUUUUUUUCUUAAGGGUCAUUCAUAGUUGUGGCGCUUGAGCCUCUUAAGGGUGCGUGGAUGUGGAGGUGAACAGCACUACUCUUGAUAUGAAGAUCGGCGGAUAAGCGUCUUUUGUGACCUUGGCUCUUUUCAGAGGCUGAAGCUGGAUUCCACCAGGGACACAUGGUCCAGAGUGACAAGGCCAUCUGUUGUAGCGCCAGCACUGCAGUGGGAGGGAGGAGAAAGAUGAAGGGGUGGUUUGUAGGGGGUGAGGGUACAGAGAAUUCCUCCUCCUCGGGUGUGGAGGGACUAGAUAUUCUGGGAGAUCAUUGCCAGCACCUUGGAUUGAGACUUAUUUCUUUAGCGUCACAUUUUUUCCUUCAACUUUCUUUCCAAAGGGACUGAGGUUGGGUCUUUAACGUCAAAAGAGAUCAUGAUUUUGUCAUUCAUAUGAAGUGCUUUCAAAGUGAUGAGCAAUGGGGAUCUGUACUCUGAAGACCUUGCAAGCUGUGGAUCCAGUUUCUUCAACAUCUCUUUGCACCCAAAGCUGAGAGUUGUGGAUCAGCGAAGCAAGUGGGUGCAGAUCUCUGGGGUGGAUUUGACGGGUGAAAGACAAAAAAUUGCACGCUUGCACUUCCCCAGACGGCCGAAGAGCCAAACGGAUGGUUAUUUUUAUGAGGGACUUUGUAGCAGAAAUGGGUCAGGACCAAACCAAACAACAGAUUGAGAAGGGACUGAAGCUCUACCAGUCGAAUGACACAGAAAAGGCUUUAUAUGUCUGGAUGAAAGUGUUAAGGAAGACAUCUGACCCUGGGGGGAAGUUUCGAGUUUUAGGGUGUCUGAUCACAGCACAUUCAGAAAUGGGGAAAUACAAAGAGAUGCUACAGUACUCCCUAGCUCAGAUAAACACAGCCAGAGAGAUGGAGGACCCUGACUACCUGACGGAGGGCUACCUGAACCUGGCACGCAGCAAUGAGAAGCUUUGUGAAUUCCAGAAGACAGUCUCAUAUUGUGAGACCUGCUUAAACAUGCAGGGCACCACAGUUAGCCUACAGCUCAAUGGGCAAGUGUGUUUGAGCAUGGGCAACGCCUACCUGGGCCUUAGCGUUUUCCAAAAGGCCUUGGUGAGCUACGAGAAGGCCCUGCGAUACGCUCACAACAAUGAUGAUAAGAUGCUGGAGUGCAGGGUCUGCUGCAGUUUGGGCAACUUCUACAUCCAGCUUAAGGAUUAUGAGAAAGCACUCUUCUUUCCUUGCAAAGCAGCUGAACUGGUGAACGACUAUGGUAAAGGGUGGAGUCUAAAGUACCGCGCCAUGAGCCAGUACCAUAUGUCAGUGGCCUACAGGAAGCUGAUGCGCUUACCGGAUGCAAUGGAAUGCUGUGAGGAAUCAAUGAAGAUCGCACUGCAGCAUGGAGAUCGACCUCUUCAGGCAUUGUGUCUGCUUAACUUUGCUGAUAUUCAUCGCUGUCAGAAAGAUGUUGAUAAAGCAUUCCCUCGCUACGAGUCCUCCAUGUGCAUAAUGUCAGAGAUUGGCAACCGCCUUGGACAAGCAUCCAUCUACGUCGGGGUGGGAAAGUGCUGGAUUCUGCAGAAGGAAUACGACAAGGCUCUGGACUCAAUGCAAAGAGCACAUGAUCUGGCCGAGGCGAUUGGAAACAAGCUGUGUAUCCUGAAGGUGCACAGCCUGUGUGAAGGCAUCUACCGCUGUAAGGAGCAGCAGGAUGAGUUGAGGGAGCAGGUGGUGAAGUUCCUGCAGUGUGUGGAAGAGCUGGAGCUCUACUGUGGCAUGUGUGGGGAGUCUAUCGGAGAGAGGAACCAGCAGCUGCAGGCCUUGCCCUGCUCUCACAUUUUCCACCUCAAGUGUCUGCAGACAAAUGGCACAAAGGGCUGCCCAAAAUGUCAUCGUUCAUCAAUGAAGCUGGGUUUUGUAUGAAAUUGCACACCUGCUUUGGACAAAACGGCUGAAUCCCAUCACAGUGACUCGACUGGGAGCAGAAGUUCCGGGGCCUUCUUCCAGGAAGCUUUCUAACUGGACAAAAGGAGGUUUUCCAGUGUUUCCAUCCUGUCUUUAUGGCAACUGGGAAUAAUGUGGAACUGACAGGACAUGGAUUAAUAGUUCAACACAGAGACAGAAGAUAUUUCUUUGAACUGACCUUAUAAUGCUGCAUUGGUUAAGAAACAUUAAAAACUGCCUUUGAUUGGACCAUGCAGCGUUGCUGUCCUCUCAGUGAGGAUAUUCAUCAAAGAGGUGAGAGCUUUACAGUACAUAUCACGUGGUUUCAUAGUGGACAUUAUUGUUAUAUUAUCACAGCUGAACAGAACAAAACAUGUAUUUAUAACUUUCUAAGCAAGAUUGUGUAAAUGAUUCAUGAAUGCUAUGAUCAGUGUAAUUUGAAAAAGAUAAAGGUGUUAGACAUGCUGUUCUGUUUGAGUUUGUUUGAGGUUUGUUUUGAGCUUGUAGUAAACUCAAAUGUCUCUAACUGCCUCCUGAAACUAAUAUUCUGAAGUAACAGGGGCGUGUGUUCAACUUAUUAACUUGACCAAUUAUGCAUUUUGUUAACUAUUUAUAUGACAAUUAUUUAUGUCUUUUAAUAAGAAACCUAUACAGUACACACAUCAUUACUUCAUUGUUUCUGAUAAUAGUUGAAUGAAUUUCUUUUACUUUGAAUCAGCAAAAUGUGAAAAGUAGUCUUUAUUCAGUUCUUUAUUUCUUUAUUCAAUGCAUUUAUAGGAUGUGCGGUUAGAAGUAUAGUUUUCUAAUAUCGCCUUAUAUUUCGUCUCCAUUAUUUUCUACAACCUUCAGAGAUUUACAAAAGAAAAUGUGCUCUGUAUUGAAUCAACAAAUGGUUUAUACCUUUGUCCAACCAUGUAUAGCACUAAAGUAUUUGAGUAUGUUUAAUCAGAAAUGGCCCAAAAUUAGUUUUUAUCCUUAUUUCUUUGUGGGCACUUUAAUUGAAUUUUUCAACCAAAAAUAAAUAAGCAAAUUGUUGUAUAUAUUAUCAUUUUAAAAUAUGAUUAUGCUUACACAUCACAAUCGGUAUACAUACGAUAGGUUUUCAUUUAAACAAUCUCUUUGAUGAUCUGACAAAUAUUCAUAUUCAUUUAUUAAUGAUUAACUAACAAUUGUCUAAUCUUUCAUUAAUUCUCUAAACUGCUAAAUUGAUUUCUCAUCUUUAAGGAUUUCAGGUCAUGUGCAUAUUUCUUUUGACUCUUAUUUUUAUAAGUGGAUCUUUUUUCUUUGCCACUUUAAUUAUUCCACAACUAAAAAUAACUAGACAUAUAUUUUAUAAAAUAUAACAAAUUUUGCUUAUGCUCGCCCCAAGUAUAAGAGUUUGCAACGUUUAAUGUUGGUUGUGAUCAGACAUAUUAUUGCAAAUACACUAAACGUGACAUGGAGAUUUAUAAUUGUUGAAUUGAUUAAUAUAUGGGAGCAAUAUGUAAAAAUGCUGCUUAUUUAUUUCUCUUUUACCUUACUUUCAUUUUUAUAGUAACUUUUUCUUUCUAUCCUAAGCUAAUCUCUCUGCAUGCUGUGUAAAGCUGUUUCACUUCCUGGUUACAUACAGGUCAUAACUACCUCUCCACGUUUUCCCCUCACAAUACUCGCAUGUUUAUGCAGCAGAAUCUUCUGAAAAUGAGACUGGACAUAUUGUUUAAUUAAGAGAAGUCCUGUAUAUAUACAUAUUCAAUAAAAGACAUUUUUUGCAGCUUC